AUGGUACAUGUCAAGCGUAACAUAGAAGAUAAAGCUUUAAAAUUGAGCAACAUGAAGACGAUCCAACUAUCCUUUUCAAAAGGAUGCAUGAAGCUAUUUAGUUCAACCAUUGUCGAUCAAUAUGAGAGCAAUUAAAACAUAUGAGAUCGAAAUGGAAGAACAAUUGGGGCCUUAUGAGAUAUCUUACUGAAAAUUGGUUGGACCCGUACAAAGAUCGUUUAGUGAGAGUUUGGACGGACCAUGUCACACAUUUUGGAACAAGGACUACUAACAGGGUGGAAUCUGCACAUGCAACGUUAAAGCUACAAUUAGUCUCAUCCAUUAAGGGAUUUGACAAUGUUUUUGUUGAGAUAAACAACUUGCUGAAUGAUCAAUUGGAUGAAGUGAGGCGAUCUUUAGAAUUGUCACGUUGCACCAUUCCAACUGUAUUGAAUAAGAUUCCAAUACUUAGCCAGCUUCAACACAUGGUGUCAAAUGAGUGCAUGAAUGAGUUAAUAAAGAUGCAUGAUGAGGUCAUAGCAGGAAAUUACAAUCCAAUCUGCAAUGAUUAUUGGUGGAGGGAAUGUUAUGGUUUACCAUGUCCACACGAGCUAGCAUCUUGUAUUCGCGAUUAGCCGAUAAUCGUCCACUACAUCCAUCAAUGGUACAUGAAUUUUGGAGAAGAGUUGAAUGGUAUGUAAAUAAGGAACAAGACAAUGACAAGGCCGAUGAUAUAAGUGUUGAUGAUGUGGUCCUAAAAACCAUAGUUGAUGAGUUUCAAUCAGGUCGUAUGUCAGCACAAGAAAAAAAAGACUUCAUGCAAAAUGGAAUGAGAUGAGAAAUCCAAAACUUAAUACUAUGAAAGAGCCACCGAUUCAUGAAACGAAGGGAAGGCCCAAAAAAAAUCAACCACUCGAGACCCGAGCGAGUGGGAGUACACUGAGAAGAAAUACAAAAAAUCCAAGGCUAUAAUAUCACGUCAUGGGUCUCAUGGACAUGGCAAGGAUAUUAAAGGGAAUCAAAAUCGAAUGCAAUUUAAUUUCGGUAAUGAUGUUGAGACAUUCAUGCUUGAGCAUAUUAGUGAAGUUGUGGAAAUUAUUGGAGAUGGACAUUGCGGAUAUCGCUCACUUGCAGAGCUUUUAGGAUGGGGAGAAAAAGAAUGGGUUAGAGUUCGAAGGGAGUUAGUGGAAGAACUUGAUCGUCAUCGUGGGCUGUAUGAUCCUAUAUGCCUUCUUGACACUAUUGAUGAGUUGCAGGAGCAAAUAGACUACUACACCAGUCCUGCACCACCCCGACAUUGGAUACACAUGCCACACACAGGGUUGAUCUUUGCAACGGUAUACCAGGUUAUUUUAGUGCAUCUUGACCUCCACGAACCAGUCACUUGUUUGCCCAUGAUCGCUCCCCCGGGUAGUAGUCCUCCGAAGACAAUUUUUUGCAUUGCUCGGCUUCAUUCCCAACAACACUACAUAGUUGUAAGCAAACAAUAUUUUAUAGUUCCAUUUUGUUUUCACAUUACCUUUUUUAUUUUCACAUUACCAUAUGAUAUGCAUAAAAUGAAAACUUGUGUUGAUGCACAGAUUUGGCUUGACGACAACGCUCUGUUGCCAUCAGUGAUUACGACAUGGUCUUACUAUCACAACGCUAGUGUUGCAGGAUGGGAUACUCCACUUCUUCAUCGAAUUAAACAGUUUACAGAAUGUCGUAAUGUUAUAAGAGACCAUGUUCCAAUUGUAUUGGAUGAUUGAUAUAAACCUUAUACUCCCUCCGGUUUUUAUUAAACUUCACUCUUUGACUUCACACAAAAUAAGGAAAGAAAUUUGACUUUACUGUAGAGUACACUGUUUAGGCACUGUUUGGCACUGUUGAGACACUGUUUGGCACUGUUGAGACACUGUUUGACACUGUUUGGCACUGUUUUGAUGUAGAUUUCUUUGCCAAAAAAGGAAAUAAGGAAGUGUGAAGUUUAUUUUAGACCGUCCCAAAAAGGAAAGUGUGAAGUUAAAAACCGAAGGGAGUAUAUUAUAAAAACAC